ACAUACAUACAUAUGCAUAAAUUAAAUAUGCCAUAUCUUAACUCCACAGUUUUCGUGAACUUUAUCGGCUUGUUAUUUAUGUUAUGUUGAAUUAAAAAAUAAGUCAAAAUACAUCUGUAUGGACAUACUUGUGCUGGUUGAAAUUAUGGAGUCAGUCUGAAGAUUCAGCAAUUUUAAGACGAACUCACAAUUGUAGUACAUUAUUAAGGGCAUAAUUAUUGCGUUCAUUGACCACCAAUUGGCUAGAACAAAUAUUGUGCAUAUUUUUGUACACAUACGCAGAAUUAUUCAACUUCGCAGGUUUCAACUUUUUAUAUUUUCGUGGAAUCAAGUAGCACUAUUAUUCCUUCAGUCAUAAUCUGUACAACCAUUUUAAAAUAUAUCGAUAAAAAUGUCACCACCUUCAAGAAAUUCCCAAAUUAAUACAAGGUCAAUAACCUUUUGCAACUGGAGACCGAAUAAACUGUUGCACGCUUUGGCAAAAUUAGUUUUGAUUGCAUUAUGUUUCCUCGUCUUUCUAGUCAGCACCGUUUUUGCAUUUUUCCCCCUCUACGUUUACCAGUGUAUAGUUGUCAUCCUGGCCAAAAUAUUUCGGUCCGACUUGAUCUCCAUCGUUGCGCCCCGUGAUUUUUGCAAUGGAUUGGAUGAUGUAACGAAAAAAAGUGCAUAUUUCUUCCAGGUAUUUGUUACUUAUCAUGGGGAACCGGAUAUUGACCAUAUUCGGUCAACUUUCCAAACCAAAGUGAUGGAAGAAAAAGAUAUCAAGAACGGAAAACUACUUUACGAAAAAUUCACUUAUUUUAUAAAACCCUGGCUUGGAUAUCUAUUUUGGAGCAGAGAAUCUAAUUUCUCGCUCCAUGAACACAUAAGACUUUGUGAAGACACAGAACACCUAUUAUUGUCUCACCCAGUGGUCACAGAAAAGGAUUUUACAAACGUCAUGGGGAAGCUAUCCGCACGACCACUUCGUCAAGGAAUGUCGCCGUGGGAAAUUUUAAUCGUCAGGAAUUUUGUCCCCUCCAAACCUAAAAUUCAUAUUGGGGAAGAAACCAAAAUUAGCGAGGGGUCUAGAUUUAUCCUAAUUUUUCGCAUACACCACGCCAUUUCGGAUGGUUCGUGUUGUUUCAAAAUACUUGUGACUAACUUGAGUGGCGUGCCCGUGCCGGAAAUUUUCUCACCGUCAACCAGGACCUGGAAGGAGACUUUCUGUUCAACCAUUCUUAUCAAGUUGACCACGCUGGUUCUGUUCGGUUACUACCAGUUCAAGCAGAUUGUUCUCGAUGUUGAUAAAAAUAUCUGGAACUUGUCUGCACCUCAAACGACAGGAGAAUGGCUAUUUGUUCAAUCGGAAAAAAUUCCAUUAAUUGGUUUAAAACAAAUGAGCAAAUCACGAAAUGUUUCACUGACAGCAUUGUUCAACGCCGGCUUGGGUGCCGGGAUUCGCACAUUUCUAAAAGGGACGGGACAGGAGGACAAAAUUCCAGAAACAAUGAGAGUUUUGAUGCCGCUUCCAUGGAAGACACAUCCUUUUACCGGAUUAGUUAAUUGCUGGAGUUUUGGGACCUUGAUAAUCCCACUGGGACCAUGUCUUCAACAAAAUCUACAAAUAGCUGAAAAGUCAAUUCGAAAUUGUAAAAAAUCGCCCAUUCUACCCGUAAAUUUUGCAGUACCUCCACUACUAGCAUUAUUCCCGGUAUGGUUGUUCAAGAUUUUAGCAGACCUUGGCUUGGUAACCAUACUAGCUUCACAUUUCCCAGGCCCGAAAGAUCCUAUCCAGAGUUUCGGACGGUACUGGCUUGACGAAGCUAAUUCUUGGUUAGACAUGAGAGGAAGUUUUUGCAUUUCAACUUCAUUUAUUACUUCCCGUGGAAACUUGCGCGUGGGAGUGACGGUGGACAAGGCGAUUAUUCCAACUCAGGAACAGGGAGAUUACUUGGCAUUUUGUAUCAGCCAGGAGUUUAAAAAUAUUUUGGACAUUGAUCAUGCUACCAGAAACCUGGAGCAGGAUGACGCAAAGAUUGUGUAGUAUAUGUUUUUGUAAGAGUGCCGUGGAAUUAGAAUAUACUUACCAAUAUAAAGAUUCUUACACUAUAUUAUAAAAUGCAUAUUUAUGUAUAUGUGUAUUAUUUGCAUUUUGCAUACUUACUUCGGUGGAAGUUGGUAAUGGCCCCCAAUGGAAGAAUAUGUUAAAAUCAUGAAAAUUUGAAUACUCUUUUGGGUGACACAUACCGGUUUUUUUAAAUCGUCUUAUCGAACAAAAAUUUAUUAGGCUCCUAAUUGCCUCAAAUAUAGAAGAACAUAAAUA